AUGAAAUCAAUUAAGCAAAGGUUAACUCCAACUAAACUUAAGUUAAAGGAUGAUACAAAUCUUAGUAGAGUAUCAUGUGUCAAUCAUUUAAAUAAAACUGCAAAGUAUUUCGUAUCAAAAGAUAACUCUGUAUUUUUAUGUUCAAAAUGUGCAGUUCAAAUGAUGGGUAAAGGACAUAAAGUUGAAGAAAUGCCUGGUCUUGAAGAAGAAUAUAGAAGAAAACAAAUUAAUCUAUUUAUCAAUUAGGUCAAUAAUAACAUUCCUCAUAUUGAUAAAAUGAUGAAUGCUUUAAUAACUAAAAGAGAUGAUAUUUAAAAAUAUUAUGAAUAAUAAAAAGAAAAGAUUGAAAAGUUUCAUAUUCAAAUCUAUUAGAUUUUAGAAGAAGAAAAAGUGAAAAAAUUAGAAUAAUUGCAUACCAAUUUUAAGAAUGUUUCAAAAUAAUAUGAUGAAAGCAUUUAAAGUUUAUAAUAAUCUAAAUCAGAAACUAUAUGCAUGAAGAGAGAUAUAGAAUAUAAUUUAAAUUCAAUUAUCAAAUAAAUUUAAAAUGAACCUUUUAAUGAAAUCAUGGCAAGUUAUUAAAAAAAUCUAUAAAUCUUUACUGGCAAAACAGAAUUUAUUGCUAAAACUCCAAUUGAAGUCUUAAAAGUUACUUUAAAUGAACCAAUCAAUUUAACUCAUCUUAUGUCUAUACAAUAAUUGAAAACAUGUUUAAUCAAGAAAAGCCUUCAAGAUCAGAAACAAGAACAAAAUGAUAGUGUUUAUGAAAGUUUGGAAAAAAAAGAAUAAUUUACAUAACCUAAAGUUAGUAGAAUGGCAUUAUCCUCUGUUAAAACACCUAAAUAAGAUUAUAGUAUUAAAAAUGUUGCCUCAUUUGAAAUUACAAGUGAAGAAUGUUAUGAUGAAGGACAUUCUUAAAUGAUUGAAAGAGAUGAUAUUGAAAAUUCAUAUUAAAUGAUGUUAUUCGAUGCAAAUUCUGAUUAAGAAGAAAAAAAACCAGAAUUAGAUAUAUUAGGAUCAUUUGGACCUGUUUAAAUUAAUACAAACAAUAAUAAUAAUAAUAAUAAUAAUAAUAAUAAUAAUAAUAAUAAUAAUAAUAAUAAUAUUUUAUAACCAAAUAAUAAUAAAUUGUUAGUUUCAAAAAUUAUAGAAAGAAAUAAUCAAAAAAAUGAUAGAAAUUUAGAAAAAAAUUAUAUGUUUAAAGCAACAAAUACAUCCCUAAAGCUUGUAUGA